AUGCCAACCAUCAGUGUAGACAAGGCUGAGCUUUACAAAGCGCUCGGGCAAGAAUACACGACCGCCGAAUUUGAGGAAUUAUGCUUCGAAUUUGGUAUCGAGUUGGAUGAGGACACAUCAAAUUCGGAACGGCCUAUCGUCAAUGGCAAGCAGGCGCCCGCCGAACUCAAAAUCGAGAUCCCCGCGAACCGAUAUGACAUGCUGUGUUUCGAAGGAAUAGCUCUCAUGCUGAACAUCUUCCGAGAAAAGACCCCGCUUCCAAAUUACAAACUCGUUGCCCCAAAGAGUGGGGAAAUACAGACAAUCACAGUACACGCAGAUACCCUCAAAGUCCGACCGUAUGUCUCUGGAUCCAUUCUGCGGAAUGUCAAGUUCACGCAAGAGGCCUAUGAUUCCUUCAUCUCGCUGCAGGACAAGCUCCACCAGAAUUUGGCCAGGAAUCGAAGCUUGGUUGCUAUCGGAACACAUGAUUUGGAUACGGUGAAGGGCCCUUUCACAUACGAGGCACUACCACCAAAGGAUAUAAAGUUCAAGCCGUUGAAUCAGACCAAGGAGAUGAACGCUGAGGAAAUGAUGCAAUUUUACGAGAAUGAUAAGCAUCUCGGAAAAUAUCUUCACAUCAUCCGUGACAAGCCGGUAUACCCAGUCAUCUAUGACUCCCAGCGGAUUGUCUGCUCGAUGCCUCCUAUUAUCAACGGUGACCACUCGAAGAUUACGCUAAAGACCACGAACGUCUUCAUUGAGAUGACCGGAACCGACAGAACGAAAUUGGAGAUUGUGAAUAACAUCAUUGUUUCCAUGUUCUCCCAAUACUGCUCUGAACCGUUCACAAUCGAGCCAGUCAAGAUCAUCUCUGAGCACAACAACGAGACUCGUCAAACACCUGACCUCAGUCCACGUCUUGCUGAAGCCGAGGUGGACUACAUUAAUAACUGCUGCGGUCUCCAAGAAUCACCAGAGCGGAUAUGCCAGCUUCUCACUAAGAUGUGUUAUACCGCCAAACCAUCCUCAAAAGACAAAAAUCUCAUCGAAGUCUCCGUACCACCCACCCGCGCCGAUGUCCUCCACCAGUGCGACAUUAUGGAAGAUGUGGCCAUCGCUUAUGGCUUCAAUAACCUCCCACGUACCUCCCCUAACAAGGCUUCCACCAUUGCCCAACCCCUCAUGAUCAAUAAGCUCGGUGACAUUGUCCGCCAGGAAACUGCCAUGGCAGGCUGGAGCGAAGUCAUGCCUUUGAUCCUCUGCUCACACGAUGAGAAUUUCGCCUGGCUUAACCGCAAAGACGACGGUACCACCGCAGUCCGACUCGCAAAUCCAAAGACAGCAGAAUACCAAGUUGUUCGCACGUCUCUCCUUCCCGGUCUUCUUAAGACUAUCCGCGAGAACAAGAAGCACAGCGUCCCUAUAAAAGUCUUCGAGGUAUCAGAUGUAGCUUUCAAGGACGAAUCUCUAGAGCGUAAGAGCAGAAACGAGAGACAUUUUGCUGCUGCGUGGUAUGGCAAGACUAGUGGUUUCGAGGUCGUUCAUGGGCUGUUGGAUCGUGUUUUGUUGAUGCUGAAGACUGCAUUCAUCACUCACGAGGAAGGCCUCGAGGGAAAGAAGGUAGAUGGAUACUGGAUUGAGGAGAUCGAUGAGCCGACCUUCUUUGCUGGACACGCUGCUGCGAUCUACCUCCGUAUUGAUGGCAAGGCAGCACGUAUUGGAGAGUUCGGAAUCUUGCAUCCUACUGUGCUGGACAAAUUCGAGUUGAGGUACCCUGUUAGCACACUGGAGAUAAAUCUGGAAGUGUUCUUAUAA